AUGCCAGUGCCUUCCUGCAUGAUGGAUGGCACAUUCCCUUUGCUGAUUUCCCCAGCUGCAAAGUCUCAGUUUGCCCUUUACAAGCACCAGAGAAUCAUAGGAGAGACAAACCUGAGCCAAGGGACUGAGUUUGAGCUCUUGGGUCUCACCAGUGAUCCCCAGCUGCAGAAGCUGCUCUUUGUGGUGUUGCUGGGCAUGGACACCCUCGUCUUCAGGAACCUGGUCUUGCUCUUCCUGACCCACGUGAGCACCACCCUUGCACAGCCCAUGUACUCCCUCCUGAAGAGCCUCUCCUUUUUGGGUUUCUGGUACUCCUUCACAGUCAUCCCCCAGACCCUGGUGAACUUCUUGGCCAAGAGGAAGGUGGUUUCAUAUCUUGGCUGCAUGGCUCAGAUGUUCUUCUAUAUGUUCUUCUAUAGAGGCUUUGCCACCAGUGAGUAUCUCAUUGCUGCCAUGACCUAUGACCGCCAUGCUGCUAUUUGUAAUCCACAGCUCUCCCCAACUGUCAUGUCUCCUGAGGUCUGUGCCUCUCUGAUUGUGGGCUCUUACAGAGUGAGAUUUCUCAAUCUGAUCCACAUAAGCUGUAUCUUUAGUCUAGAUUCCUGUGGUGCUCAUAUGCUCACUCACUUCAUCUGUGAUGGACCUCCCACCUCAUCCCUGUUGCAUGUGGACACCUCGCUCAUCAUUGUUGCUGGUUACAACCUUUUGAGCUGCACCCUCACCAUCUUGAUCUCCUACUUUUUAAUCCUCAUCACCAUCCUGAGAAUGAACUCAGCCCGGGGUAGGUUCAAAGCACUUUCUACCUGUGCUUUGCAUCUCACUGCUGUCGGCCUCUGCUUUGGAACAACACUUUUUAUGUACCUGUGCCCCAAGUCCAGCUUCUCCCUGACCCAAGGUCACACUGUUGCUGCAAUCUACACAGUGGUGAUUCCAAUGCUGAACCCUCUAAUCUACUCUUUGAGAAACAAGGAUAUGGAGGAAGCCUUAAAAAAAUUCAGGGCCAGCGCCGUGGCUUAA